UAUGAGAAAGACGUUAGAUGAGCUGUUGAUAUUUCAUAUCUUGUAAGGAACCAAGUCUGGAAGUGUGCCAAUGUUAAGCUAAGUUAAUGGCACAACUAGCAAAAUAUUUUCUUAAUACAUUGUAGAAGAGGUGAAUUGCAAUUAGGAGUAUACUCGGGGACGAGGACAACGUGCAGAUCUCUAAUAUUUACAACGAAGCUUGUUGUGGAUAUUUCAGAAAAUAAUACAAGAAAUUUUUUAACCGAAACCAUAAUUACUGCAAUCGCAAGCAAUGGCGGCUUAUAGGGCGUAUCCUACGUCCUUUGUCUGCGUACUGUUGGCGUACUGCGCACUGUACGCAGAAGCAGGUUUCCUGAGACCCGACUUUGACAGUGGAUGGUUUAACAUGACUGCGGACGAAACGGCGGCGAACACUUACAAGGAGAUAACGCAUGGCUUGGGAGAGACGCCGAUUAAGGUCAAGGUCCUAGGCAGAGCAAUAGACGGGAACCAUAAAGGGUUUAUAUUUGAGGGAACUGGAACAUCCCAGGGAGAUGACGAUUUUGGCCAACCCCGUAGUGGACCGGCGUAUGCUUACAACAAUGACGUAGUGAGAAUAUGGCUACCGACCAUAAAUAACUUCAACCCCGGCGACAAUUACGCCAUCUAUGUUGGAGGAUUAUGGGGAGGAAAUGAUUCUACGAAUGCGCAGGCGUCAAAAACAGCAGAGUUUAAGGUUCUUGCCUGGCUGGAGAAAUCCUUCUACACUGCCAGCGAAGUCAUCCGCACGAACAUUUCGAGGUACGAGUUUAAGGAGGUCCCCCACACUCUAGGCGCCACACCUGUGUAUGUGCUUGCCAGAGCUGUGAUCCCGGACGACGAAACACAUGGAGGUUUUGUAUUUGAAGGUAUCGGCUCUCAGAUGAUGAGCAAAGGACCCCAAAGCUAUAACGCCUACCUGGGCCUCCUUUACGGUUACAAUGCCAGCAGUAUACGGAUGUGGACGGGAAUGUUUGUGAUGGGUGUCUCUGACGGUUGGGGAAAGAACAAAAACAACGUGGCCAGAACCUCAGCCGAUGUAGAAAUUUACGUGUGGGCAGACUUCGACAGCACUGGUCUGGGCACCUACGACAGCGGCUGGUUUCGAUGGGACCAAUCACAGAAGGAGGACUACAUGGAGUUGCACGUGGGCAUGGGAUAUCUCCCGCGCUUUGCCCUGGUUCAGUACAAAGCGAUAGAUGGCGAUAAUCAAGGCUACAUAUUCAAUGCCAUUGGAACAGCUGAGAACGAUGGUCUGACCCCGACACAGAAGCCGCAGCUUGGGGGAGUGGUCUUCGCUUAUGGCAAGAACUCCGUGCGUCUGUGGACGCCUUCACCUGACUUGACUGGCACAGCGUCCAUUGUGCGAAUCAUGGAUUUAGGAGGCAACCAAUCCAUCCAAUUAUCAACUCAAGCAGACGUUCGCGUGCGACUUUGGGCGGGGAAAUUCCACCAGAAAACCGCGUGCACGCUUGGUUCAACGUACCAGAAAAUGGAAGACAUGUCAACAACAUGGCAGACAGCGAACGCUACGACACACCUCGGCCAACUCACGGUGACAGGGUCCCUGAAAUGCGGUCGUGAGUGCCACUGUCGCCCGGAUUGUGUUGCCUGGGCAACGCCCGGUUAUGUCAGAGGGAAUAUUCCAACAAGUUGUGAUUUGAUGGGAGUCCGGUUCGGGAGUGACCAAUCGCUGCCCAGCGACCAGAACCUGAAAUUUUACCGCUAUGUUGAUAUGGACAUUAGUGGAUGGGAGGAGAAUUAGGACCAACAUAGUGAACUGAAUGUAUAAACAGUACUGGGCGCCAUAACUCGAACGCAUCGCGAAUUGCGAUAGCGAUAUCACCUUUCAUUUUGAGGCUAUUAUAUGGGGCGAGUAAAUGCCGAGUUAUGGAAUAGAGCCGCUUGCGCUCGGUCGAAAUUCGCGAUGCUUUCGCGUUACGGAGCCCUGGUAUUUUUAGACUAACAGUUAUUCACAUAAACGAAAGGAGAAAGAGAUUAUUUCUUCUGGAGAAAGCAAAUAUUAUUCCAAAUAUUUACAGUUAUACUUUCUUCGCCUAAAAUCAUUCCAAUUUUAGUACAUCAAAAGCAAUUUCAUAAAAUAAUUGAUUUUACAUGUGUGCGCUUAACACUAAUAACUCUAUGCGAAGUCUUUUUCGGCCCGUUUAUGGCGCAACGGUGUUCAUGUUGAAAACAAAUCGAAUGCAACACAAUUAACUGAAUAUUCAAGAAAGUAAAAUGUCUUGUGAAACUACUGGUACUUUCAGAUAUUCAAUAUUAAGUUCUGAUUUAGUUUUGUUGCAAAUUUUCAAUUUUCACAAUUAAAGGGUACCAAGAUGUUGGGGGCGUACAUGAAAUGUCCCCGAUUUACUAAAAUAAGACAGAAUAUUGGGCACAUGUCCGACUAGACAUGCAGAAUGAGGCUUUGACUUCAC